AUGGAAUUCUGGGAGUUGGAGUUUGUUGUGGGGCCUGGAGCUCAAAGCUUGUCCCUCCUUGCCCCCACCUACAGAGCGUUUUCCGCCUGCCGCCAUGAGCGACCAACUGAAGUUCAUCGUGGAGAAGCUCAACAAAGAGCCCUUCAAGAGAAACUUCAAUCUGAUCACGUUUGACUCACUGGAGUCGAUGCAACUGUUGCAGCUGCUCAAUGAUGUGCUGGGAGAAAUUGACCCAAAGCACGCUGUUGACAUUAGAGAAGAGUCGCCAGAACAGACAGCUAAACGGAUGUUGAGCCUUCUUGGCAUUCUUAAAUACAAGCCUCCAGGAGGGACCAGUGACUUGAGUACAUUUCGCCAAGGUUUAGUGAUUGGAAGUAAGCCUGUCAUCCAUCCCGUGUUGCAUUGGCUCCUUCAACGGACAAAUGAGCUCAAGAUAAGGGCAUACCUUGCCCGUUUUCUCAUCAAAGUGGACGUGCCGACUGAGUUCCUUCAGGAUGAUACUGUGGCUGAUACUAAUAGACAGUAUGAAGAGCUGAUGGAAGUCUUCAAAAACUUACAUAAAGAAUGUGAACAGCUCAAGACCUCUGGUUUCUCUACGGCAGAAAUCCGGAGGGACAUCUGUGCUAUGGAGGAAGAGAAAGAUCAACUCAUGAAGAGAGUGGAGCGUCUUAAGAAGCGGGUGGAGACAGUUCAGAAUCACCAGCGAAUGCUUGAAACAGCUAGACAGCUUCGAGUAGAGAAGGAGAGAGAAGACUCUCUCGCCCAGCAGAAACAAGAACAGAAAAAUCAGCUGUUUCAUGCAGAGCAGAGGCUGCAAAGAAUCCAACUCCAGCUCAAGGAUAUGCGUCAUGCAGCCGUGGAUUCAAAGCCAGAAAGCUUAAUGACGAGACUGGAAGAGGAAACAAAGUUCAAUACGUACUUGGUCUCUGAAAAAUUUCCCAGAGAACUGGAAGAAAAGAAGCAGUCACUUUACCUCUUGCAGAAAGUGGUUGCAGAGCCAGCAAUGAGCCAGUCUGAUCUCAGUGAGCUUGAAACCAAAAUAAAUGAAGUCAAUGCACAAAUCAACCAGUUAAUUGAAAAGAGGAUGAUGAAAUAUGAACCAAUCGAUAAUAAAUUUUCAAUGUACCGUCAACAGGCUUCCAUCAUUUCCCGGAAGAAGACAGCCAAGGCAGAAGAACUCCAGGCUGCCAAGGAGGAGCUGUCCAACCUAGAGAAGCAAAUGUUGCAAAAGUCAAGCCAGGCUCGAGAGGUGAAUGGGACAGAAGUCUUAAAGGGUGAUGAGUUUAAGCGCUAUGUUAAUAAGUUGCGAAGCAAAAACACACUUUUCAAAAAGAAGCGCCUGGAAAUAGCUGAAAUUACAGCUGAGUAUGGCAUCCUGCAGAGAACAGAAGAGCUCCUAAGGCAGCGCCACGAGGAUAUCCAUCAGCAGUUGCAAGCAAUUGAAGACAAGAAAGGUAUCUCUGGAUACAGCUACACACAGGAGGAGCUGGAGAGAGUGUCAGCAGUAAAAAGUGAAAUGGAUGAAAUGAAAGGUCGAACUCUGAACAACAUGUCUGAAAUGGUGAAAAAGCUGAAUGCUAUGGUGGCUGAUAAGAAGUCAAGCCUAGCUCCAAUUAUCAAAGGUUUGAGGCAUUUGCGUCAGAGGUGCCAGGAAUUAACCCAAGAAUGUGGAGAGAAAAAAUCCCAGUACGACAGCUGUGCAGCAGGCUUGGAGAGCAACCGUUCGGCACUGGAGCAGGAGGUGAAGGGUCUUCAAGAAGAGUGUCUUCAGGAGGAAAGUCACUAUCAUAACCUUAACUGCAUGAAAAUGAUUCUAGAUGUGUAUCUCCAGCGAGCAAAAGGUGAGAUGAAAAUGUAUCUCUCUUUAGAUCAUCAGGAAAGAAGAAAAGCAAUCAGGGAACAGUAUUCUCGGAUGAUCACAGAACAAGAGAAUCUUGGAAAGAAACUUCGAGAGAAGCAAAAGGGUGUCCGGGUGAGUCACGGACCAAAUCUGAAGCAAGUGAAAAUGUGGCGAGAUUUACAGUUGCUGCUGGAGUGCAAGAAGGAGUGUUUUCUAAAGCAGCAAAACCCAACAUCCAUUGGUCAAGUCAUUCAGGAAGGAGGAGAGGACCGGCUGGUCCUGUGAAAUUAGGCUGCUGUGAUUUUUGACCAGGAGGUAUUUCUUCAGCAAUUCUGUUUUACAACCAUUUGUACACAAGUUAGAUUUUUGAUUGUUAGGGUGACUUCUAUACAAUGAUAUUAAUUUUCAAAUUUGACUUGAGACAUUUUGGGCCCUUCCCUGUAUUAAGGAGAGAAAAUAACUUUCCUUCUAGAGGGGCCCAAGAUAGAAAGCUCUUUCCAUCACUAGAAGGCCAAAUUAAUAGGCGAAGGGCUUUGGGUGAAAUUACUGCCUUGAAAUAAGCUCAAGGGCAAGAACCAAAUCCAUCUGUUAGGCUGAGAGCUGACUGUUUCCACAGAGAUGCUGAGACAAAAGGUGUCCUCAGACUGUAAACGGUUACAAUUCCAACUUUGGAUUUUGUUGCAGGACAUAAAGUAGGAGACACUGUGCUACAGAGCUGUAUAGGUUUGGGUGCCUGUUCAUUGCCUGGCCUCUGAAGUCUGGGACACUAUUUCUCCAUCUCUGGACUCUAGGCAGAUUUUGAUUGUUUCCUAACAAAGCAACUUGUGAACUCUGAGCUAUACCAGAACACUACCAUGUGGAGAAUUUGUUGUGUGAAAUGUGUCAUUAGGAGACAGUCCUUUGAGAUCACAGACUUGGGAUCUUUGGCACAGCGUAGUUAUUUUACAGAAUUCUUCUGAUACGGAGUAGUUGCAAAGAUGCUGCUGCACAUGAAGCGUACUCCACUACCAAAGUUUCCCCUAUGGGAAGGCAUGGGUGGUUGACAUAGAAUCCCUGAUGGCCUUUGAGCAUCUUUUAUACUUAUCUAGGGUCCAUGGGUCUGCCUACUUAUCUCAAGAUUAGAAAAAUAGGAUGUUUGUACUGUAGUCUUCUUAAAUGUGGUAAUGUUCUUCUGUUAAAUUGUUGGCAUAGAUGCACCAAAAAUCCCCUUGAGUGGGGUUUUUUCUUUCCUUGCCCUUGUGCUGUGGUGAAGUCAUUUAGAAAAAUUUACCUUUGCCUCAACGUGAAAAAUUUAACCAUUUUUAGCUUUGUUAUAAGCCUUCCUUGCAAUAUUUUGCUCUCUGUAUGAUCUUUUCCAAGAGUUGAUGUUCAAACUGAAUGCUUUUCAUUAAUGUAGUUACAGAAACAAUAAAAAUCUAACAUUUCAAAUGUGA